AUGAUUGUUAAUGUUUAAAAUUAGUAGCAAAUUAAGAUAAAAGCUGAUUUAUACGAAGCAGUCUUGACAGAUAAGAGUCAGCAAUAGUUAAAACAAGUUUUUAGCAGAUACACCUAGGCUUAAUAUAUAUCGCUAGAUUUAGAUAAUAUAUCUUAAUAUAACUAUGACAACUCCUACAUAAAUCAAAUGCUAAAAGACUUAUUAUUUAAAUUAAAUAAAUUUGAUGUAAUAAUUGACAUCAGGAUUAAAAAUAUUCUCAGCUUGCAUUACGAUGGUACUCUGAUUUCGCAUUCUUAUAAGCUAAAUCAAAAACAAGUUUUAAGUAGAAAUAAUAACAUAAUUAAUAAUGUACAACACUAUUUGAAUGCAGAAGAUAAAAUUAAUAAUUUGGAAAAUCGGAUAAUUUACAUCGACUAUAUUGUAUAUUAGAGAUUUGAGGUGAAUGUAUCAUUUAGGAUCUUAAACGACGACUAUAGUUCAAACUAGGAUAGCAAAUAAGUGAUAGACAAUUUAUGUUAUUACUUAAAUCAUAUGAUUGACUUCUCUUUAACUAAUGUGCUUAGUAUAGAAAAUAUUCUAUUAACUUAAAUGAAAAUUAAAAUCUAUGAAUAAUAAUUCAAAAUUGACUGCUCUUAUAAUAAGGUUAAGUUUCAUGCGUUGAUUCAAGAUGAGAAUUCUUCUUUUAGCUAUUGCAUUAUUAGGCUGAUCAAAAUGUUUUCUGCAAAUUAAAUCGAUUUAUAUGUUGAUGAUGAAACGAUGCAUGAGCUGCUAGAACAUUUAUUUCACGAAGAAAAUAAGGAAAAAGCAAAAUCAAUUAAUUAGCUAAAAAUCAAAGCUUUUUCAAAGGAAGAUCCCUAGAAAUUUAUUAAUCUUGUUUAAGAGGGUAAUUCUAUAAAAAUUGAAUAUAAUUCUGAUAAAAUGAAAAUAUAAAAUUAUAUUUUAGAAAAUUUGUUUACUGUUUUUAAUGAGAAUGCCAUUUAAUUCAUCUUUUUAGAUGUUAAAUCGGUGCACUUUUUAAAAGAAGUUAGAAAGAUAUUAAAAUAUGCUAACAUUCAUUAAUAAAGCUAGCUAGAUAUUAAGACAAAAUAUGAUGAUUUUUUCAUUAAAAGGGAAUAAAUUAACAAAUAAAAAGUUUUGUUUGAUCAUAAUUUACAUAUUGACACAUAAGAUUUAAUAUUAAGAUAACCUACAAAAAACAUCUACUAAUUAUGCUAAUUCAAUAGUUAAUCAAGCGAAUGUGAUACUAUAAGUGCAAAUAAGCAAUUAAUAAAAAUACUAUGUAGUUUAAAUGUUUAAGUUUUUAGAUAUUUAUUUGAUACUUAAAAUAGAGCUUUUCCAAUCAACAUAUGCCUUUAAGAAAAAGAAAAAAAAUAAAUACUUUCUAUGAUUGACAGUAAAUGUUUUUCAAAUGUUUUAGAUAUUCGAACUAAUUUGAGAAUAAUCAAUAAUAAAUUAAUUAAUAAACCAAAGCACGCGCUUUUAGCAUAUUUAACAUGUCUUAAAAGGCAAAAUUAGCUUAACAUAUUAAGAAAAGAAAUCAUAUAAGAAGCUUUUAUUAAAUUUUAUUUUAAAGAAUAAGAUGAAUGA